GGGUAUUUGACUCCGAAAGCCGGCGUUUUAUCAAUGGAAAUACGAUGAACACAAUGACGUCGUAAAAAACGGUGUAAAUUAUAAAUACAAAAACUUUAGCGCGAGUUAUGGUAAUCUUGGUUUAAUGUUUACCCGUGCCAAAUGUAGUUUUAUUCCAAAUUGUUUUGCUAGGCCGGUGAGAUGGAUGCAUUUCAAAUAGCAAUUUUUGUUUGGUGUGUAUUAAGAGUUAUUGUUGCCAAAGGUCUUCAUGAUGUAGAUUUUGACGAUACCGAAUGCAUUGCGCUAAAAAAUUGCGCCUACGCUACUGAUUUGAUAAAAUAUGAAAAAUACGCGCCGUCAACAUUGGAGUAUUUGAGAAAAUUCGGUUGCGGUUACACUUCAAAUAAAGAACCUCUUAUUAAAUGCCCAAAACCCAUAAAUUCCAUAAAAAAAAUUGAUUGCUACACCACAGAUGGAAGAGAAGGCAUGUGUAAAACGAUAAAUGAAUGUAAAACUUUAACACACAGUUACAUAAAUUUCUCCGAUAUAAAAAUAUGUACCGAUGAUGUGAAACUGGAUAAAAUUGAUAUGAAAGUUUGCUGCCCUUCGACGAACGAUAAUGGUUUCCCUAAUGAAGUUCCAGACGGUUACCAUCCAAAAUUGAUUCUAGAAGAAGAUUCUUCAUUGCAAGAAAUUAGGGAAACACAGAAUAUGUCUUAUCAGAAUAAGUCGAAUAGUUACGAUGAAACAUCAAAAUCUGAAUCACGAUUUAAACAAACGCUUGAUCAAUCUAUUAAUAGUAUUAAUGAUGAUAAGGUUAGUUAUCAAUUGGUAGAAGAAACCGCGGCGAAUAGCUCAGGAAAUCAAAAAGGAUUCUCAACGUUGCAAAACCAAACGGAAAUAGUGUUUGGCAAUGUAGAAUCCGCAUCUCAAGAAAAUCUACAUAGUCAUUUACAGAAAGUAAUUGAAACGCCCGACUUUAAUCCAUCCUCUGUUAUUUUUCCUGACGAAGAAUAUCAACCAAAAAUACGAAAAACUCGAAGAGCAAAACAUAAAGAGAAUGUAAAAAAACCUACAAGACAAAAUUAUUACAACCACGAGAAAAGUAGAAACCUAUUUUACAACAGACUCUUUUACCCAUCAGUAAAUGAUGAUAUAAGAUUUGCACAACCACCCCAAUUUGCUAAGCAUCACUACUUUGAUAUGUCCCAAAAACCAUCUGCAACACCCAAUAGAAUAAAUUAUCGACAUUACUGGUCACCCUUUCCACCAAGACCAUUUUAUGAAAAUAAUUACAAUUAUGAGAAACCAUUCGAACAACCUGCCCCAAAUCAUUUGAAUCCUCGAAGUAAUUUCCAAACAUGUGGAAGAUUGCCAAAAAAGGAAAAAAGCAGUAUAGUAGGUGGUACACCAGUGGCACUCGGAGAAUAUCCUUGGAUGGCUCUUCUACAAUACAACGGCAAGAAUAAUACUAAGAACGGAUGUGGAGGUACGCUAAUAAAUUCACAGUUUGUUCUCACUGCUGCACAUUGUGUUGAUGACACUAUACUAAAAUCAAGGCGAAUGACAUUGUAUAGAGUUAUUUUGGGUGAAUACGACAGCAGUAAAAAUCCUGACUGCGUGUCAACUCCCCAAUCAGUAAAAUGUGCGCACCCAAGCAAAGCUUAUCAAAUUUCCGAAAUUGUAAAACACCCACAGUUUGUUUUACAAAACGCUCAAAAUGAUAUUGCAUUGAUAAAACUGGACAGGGAAGUCGAAUUCACCGAUUAUAUUAAACCUGUCUGUUUACCAAACGAAAAUUCUUACUAUGAUACUAACACACGUGUUAUGGUAGCUGGAUGGGGUAAAACACAUUUCAAAGGAAAGUCUAGUCAAAUUCUCAAAAAAGCUAUCCUUCCUGUCGUGAAUCGGGCGUAUUGCAACGCAGGCGUUAAUAGACUAAUUAUUGGGCAAAUAUGCCUAGGAUAUGGUAAUGGGGAAGGCACCUGCAAUGGAGAUUCCGGCGGACCUUUGAUGAUUCAGAGAUGGGAGAAUGCUGAGCUGGUUACUUAUCAGUUGGGUAUUAUAUCGUAUGGAUUACAAGAGUGUGGAACGGAAUUGUCAGUAAAUACCUUUAUUCCAGUAUAUUUGAAUUGGAUUUAUAGUAUUAUUGGAGUAGGAAGCGGUUAAUUUUAGUGGACUGAUUUUAAGGUAUUUUGAAGAGUAAUGUUAUAAAUACUCUUAAAUGUUGGUUGAGUGGUACGAUAAUUACGUGUAUAAUAGGCAACAAAUGAUUCUAUUUUGUAUUUUUUUGUAAUAAUUAAAGUAGAAGAUUGAAAGAGGCAAUUAAAAAACUCUAUGUACAAUGAAGUUAAAAUUAUGUAUAAUAAUUAUUAGUGUAAAAGAGAUAAAACUCCG